UAACACAGGCAAUAAACAACACAGAAGUGGUUAUUUUUAUUUUCUCUGCUGAACCUCUUCAGGAAUCUUGUAUAGAAAAAAAAGUGGGGGCAGCCUUUGGCAUCCUAAUCUUUUUUUUUUUUUUUUAAAUAAAGUUGAGCCUACUGAAUGAACAAUGUAACAGAAUGUCAACAGAAAAUAUCAUUGGAGUUUAAGCUACAAAGAUUAUCUUUAAACCAACUUGAAAAUAAGUUUGUCUGAAAACAUGUAUUUACUCUCGCGUGAGGGAGUAAAAGACUGCUAGCACAAAAUCAUUUCACAACGAAUAUUUCCAAAUGGGGUGGGGGGAGAAGGGAGGCUUAUCAGGGUUCAUUUUAAAUCCAGCCUUUUUUUCUCUCCGCUCCGUCUUUACUUUUCCAUGUGGAAAAGGUUAUCAGACAAGGCAGGCGAAGAGGCUGCUCCCUUUUGGCGGAGCCAUGCACAGAUUCUGACAAUGUAGUACGCAAGAAUUUAGGCUAACAUGAUACACAGCUUCGGCUUGCAGUGAAGCUCAAUAAGGAAACCGGACACAAACAAGCACGCAUAUUACACACACACACACAUAUCACACGCGACCAGGUCAAAAGUUGACUGCCUCGCCAGCUUCCCUUCGGAUCCUUUCUUGUUCCGUCCUGGCAGAGCUGAUUUUCCGCCCAAGGUAACGAACAGCGCGAAUAGGCGCCGGAGGGGGAAUUAGGUGGGGAUCGUCGUGUCCGUUCCUGCUGGCUAAAGGUCCGGGCCGGAUUUUGCACCUUGUUCCCGGGACUGCCUCACGGCCUGGAGGAGCUGGAGCUGCUGCGGCUCUGUUUAUUGAGCGCUCUUGUCCUGGUAUCACUCCGCUGGCAUGGACGAGGAGGCGGAGGAGGUGGAAGAGUAACGCACUUGAUCCUUGUGAUGGUGGCAGAGGAGAAGCAGCGGGCAGAGCAGAGUCCGAGCCGGUCCCUCUGCGUGUAGCAGCUCCGCCGACGCUCUGCCAGUCCUUCAGCCAGCUACCUUUGCAGAUCGCCCCGGAUUGUUCACGUGUUGAUUUCCCCCAGCCGGAGGAUUUGCUUUUUUAGGUUCCUGUUGAAAAAUACAACUGAGCAGCCAAAGUACUUUGAGAACACGGUGCGGCAUAAACACCCAAACUUUUUUUCCCUCCCUUUUCUCCCCCCUCCCCCCGGAAAGAAAACACAAUUAAGAAAGCGGCGUUGCCUGUCUUCUGAUGGUGUGGGGUCUGAAUGCAUUGUGGGUUGUACAUGUGUCUUCCUUGACCAGUGGGUGCCCGUCCUAGGUGUUUUGUGAACGUGCAAGUGCGGAAAGGUUCUAUCUCUACAUACCGCUUUUGGGGACGUCUUUCCCCCCUCCUCUCUUUCUGUUUUAAUACAUGGGGAGGCCAAGAAGGUUUUCGCUCCGGAAUUUCUUUCGGAAAGGAUGGAUUAUUUAAAAGGGGAGCAGCUCUGAGCUCUCCUCCUUGGAGUUUGUAACCGAGCGGCGGCUGCUGUGCUCCCUGUGUUCGGAUACCUUCUGUUUGUUGAUUGUGUCUGCCGAUAACCUUACAGCACCUCCGGGUUUGGGCUUUCUGCUUUUGGCGUGUUUUUUUUUUUUUUUUACCCCUCCCUCUCAUCCGAGAGGAUCGGCAAGAAAGAGGUUUUGCUGCGUUGUUUACAACCCCCAAACAUUUUUGCUUGGGUCUGUUAGCGUUUCCAUGGCCCACUAGAGAGUAUCCCAAAAGGAGGAUUUCCCCCUCCUUCGGCGUUUCUGCCUGCUGUGUGGAGCCCGCGUGUAAAAGGAGAGGGGGGAAAAAGUUCUUCCAAAAUAGUGUGCACGGGGAAAGGGAUGGGGGAUUUUCCAACCCCCGCUGCCGCCACGAACGGCAGCAGCAUUUGUCUCAACAAUAACCUGAGCAGCAGCCUCGGCGGGGCCGGGAUCGGCGUGAACAGCGCUCCCCACGGGCCUCCUCCCGGCCACAAUGCUACUCAUAGCGGCGGCGGUGGUACUAACGGGAGCGGCGGCAUUCCCAAACACAGCACCGUGGUGGAGAGGCUCAGGCAACGCAUUGAAGGCUGCCGGAGACAUCACGUCAGCUGCGAGAACAGGUACCAGCAAGCCCAGGCCGAGCAGCUGGAGCUGGAGCGAAGGGACACAGUGAGCCUUUACCAGAGGACCCUGGAGCAAAGGGCCAAGAAAUCGAGCUCCGGCGGUGGCAGCAAGCAACCACAUUCAAGCAAACAGCCACAAGAUGCCGAGCCUGCUACAGCCGAGCAGAGGAAUCACACACUGAUCAUGAUGUUCUUGUGGCUUGCAGUUGGUGCAGCUGAGUGAUCGGCCAUUUUACUGACUGAUCUUUACUCCGUCGGCCCAAAGGAACUUACCUGGACUGCAGAAGAUGCCGCCCCCCUUCUCCAGUCAAACAGGGGGCCUCCUCAGUGGUAGUCGCCCCUCCAGGGCGACUUUUCGACCGAUCAAGGGGUCUGCUGGUGGAGGAAACUCAGACGGCGAAGAGACAAGUCUCUUUGCAUGACCGCGGCACCACGACCCAGAACCGGAAGCCAGCUUGUUAACAGUUUUUAGGAUCAUAGUGAGAGGGAGAUUUGAAGGCUGUAGAAAAUGGGUAAUGUGGUUUUGGAUAUUACUCUGGAAUCACUGAUUGAGCGUUCUUACUUGUACAAUCAAAGAAAAGCAUUCCUUGUUUUAAGGAAGUAAAUCAUUUUAAGGAAGUGAAUGUGACUGGGAUCUAAUUGCAAUGUUAUGUUAACUGUUAUGUUAUCUGGGAGGAAAUGCUAUAUUGUUUACUGGGGUUGCCUGAUAGAAAUAAACUGUUGACUAUACAUAGCUUUUGAAUGACAGGAGAUGUGGAAGUGUGAAUUCUGCUAUUAUAUAUGCACAUGAUAUCAAUAAGGUGACCAGCUUUUUUACAAUGAAAAGGAGGACACAAAUAAAUUGAAGAAAAAAAUAUCGUAAA